CGCCCUGCCUGGGGUCGGGAGGGUAGAGCCUAGUCAUGGACGGCGCUGCAGCGGCGGGGCGGACGGAGGGCAUCCCAGAAAACCGAGGAGUUCAGUCGGCGGCAGGUCGGGGAGGACGCCUGGUGGAGCUCACCGCGACCCCCGGCGGCCUGGCCCUCGUGAGCCCCUACCACACCCGCCGGGCCGGCGACCCCCUAGACCUCGUGGCGCUCGCAGAGCAGGUGCAGAAGGCUAAUGAAUUCAUCCGAGCAAAUGCCACCAACAAGCUGACAGUCAUAGCCGAGCAAAUCCAACAUUUGCAAGAACAAGCCAGGAAGGUUUUGGAAGAUGCUCGCAGAGAUGCUGACUUGCACCAUGUAGCUUGUAAUAUGGUGAAAAAACCUGGCAACAUUUACUACCUUUAUAAACGGGAGAGUGGUCAGCAGUAUUUUUCCAUUAUUUCUCCAAAGGAAUGGGGGACAAAUUGUCCGCAUGACUUCCUUGGUGCCUACAAGCUACAGCAUGACUUGUCCUGGACUCCAUAUGAGGACAUUGAGAAGCAGGAUGCUAAAAUCAGCAUAAUGGACACGUUGCUAAGCCAGCCAGUGGCCCUGCCUCCAAGCACUGAACUCAACUUCCAGGGACUGACUCACUGAGAGUAGACUCUGACAAACAGCUCUCGAUGGCAAGGACCUGUCACCUGGUUGUCCCCAUUCUCUGCCUUGAUGGGAGGUGGCAUGAGAAUUGAGGACAUGUAGGUGAAUCAUGAACUUCUUGGAAGGAGACCCUGUGUGAAUGUAAAUGCUGUCAUUAUUAUUACUUUUAGUUGGGCUGGUAAUGAAUCACAUCACUCUAUUUUGGGAUCCUCUCUGGGUCACAGAUACCAGAGCACCAACCAGUCAGUUUCAGAGUACUGGCCAGUGUACUUUCCUUCUCCUUUAUCUCCAUCUAUUCUCCCCAUAAGUCAGAGCAGUAGAGAAAGAAGAGUUUCUUCUUCCCACAAAAAGGUUGGCGAGUCAUUUUCCAGAGAGGACUGUUUUUAGUCUUUUUGUAAUUGGAAGUGUUUAAGAUUGGAGUUGAGGCUACUUAAUAGUUAGUGUGACUCCAGCUUCAAAUUCAUCUGGGAACAAGAAUGUUGGAUAAUGGAGGAUGAUAAACAGCUAGGCUUGGCUGGACUAGAGAGUGUGUGAUUCUGGUAUUUCUGCACUAUUUAUGAGGUUUGGCUUGUCCCUUCUGCUCUUUCUGCCUAGCUAGAGUGACUGGAGAAUCUGAGGCAGCAGCAAUUGCCAGGAUUUGGGAAGGUCAGCCUCUACACUCUAAAACUUAAAGAGGGGCUGGCCCUGUGGCCUAGUGGUUAAGUUCAGCACGCUCCACUUCGGCGGCCUGGGUUCAGUUCCCGGGCGCGGACCUACACCACUCAGUGGCCAUGCUGUGGUGGCGUCCUACAUACAAAAUAGGGGAAGAUUGGCACAGAUGUUAGCUCAGGGCUGAUCUUCCUCAAUAAAUAAAUUAAUUAAAUAAAACCCUAAAGAAUUUUAGACUUGAAAGAGAUGUUGGAGGCUGCCACUAACCAUUGUAUGAAUUUACUCUAUAGCCUCGCUGAGGAGGAGAUCCAGAGUUCAGCCAUCUGCAGCAGGAAAAAUCCAUUUAAAUGGCAUCUUUAAAAUAUUGUGGAAGAGAGAAUAGGAGAGUGGGUGAGAAACAAGAAAAAUGGCCAACCUGUUGAUUGUGAGUUAACUCAGAUUGAAACUAAUUUUGACCUGAAUUAUUCAAGAACUUAAAAGAGGCUUUUUGGCUGAGUUACUCUAGUUCUGAUUCUGUCUGGACUCUUGUGGACUCUACCUCACUUCCUGUUUGUUCAGUGGAAUUAAUCAAAUUUAUAGCAUAUCCA